AUGGUAUCCGAGCAAAUCUUAGGUUGCAGCGGCAGCAUGAUUUCUCAUUUUCAUUGCCUUCAGCUUUUUGGCGGCUUUUGUCGCCCUCGCCUAUUCGAUAGGUGUUUCAGAAGAUUCUGUGUCCCUCAGCAAUGGCACAGAAAUAUCAGUGCUGCAGAUCUUCAACAUGUCGCCACCAAACAAGAACCGAAUAAUGGCAAGGGCUACCCCGGCGACUAUCAAAUGGAUACGGCAAAUCUAUGGGGUGAAUUGGGUCGAAAUCUUGUGCCAUACAUCACCACGUUUGACGACGUUUCGGCUCUAGAUGGCAACAGCGUCUACACCAAUAAGGAAGAAGACCUUUGGGGGUAUGAUUCCGUCGACCUAUCACCGAUGAACUUGAAACAAAGCAUUGUCUCUUUCCGGACAGUCGGCUUUCAGGUGACUUGA